UAUAGAUGUAAAGUGAAGUCCUGUUUAUCUAUCUGUUGGAGAUAAAAAAAACACAAGAAACAAUAUCUGUGCAGCUCUCAUUCUGAUUGGAGUGAAGAUGACCAAGUUUUCAAUAAUAAAGAGUGCCAAAGACCCUCGUGUUGAACGUGUAACAUCGGUCUGCAAGAAAGUCGUCAAUACAUUCUCCUUCAGCUGGAAGAAAAAGAGGGACUUAAGUAAUGCUCAAACUGAGCUAAAGCUACCUCAAAAGAAGCUCAUCACCGAGUCCCCAACACGAUGGGGUUCGAGACUCAACAUGAUCGAGAGAGUGCUCGACCAGGAAAAGGCAAUUUCUCAGGUCCUGAAGGCAGACAAGAAGACGAGGCAUUUGGUCCCUUCAUGGCAAGAUGUUGACGUGAUGGAGUCUGUGAAAAAGGCAUUUAGUCCACUGAAAGACUUUACUGAUGCACUCUCCGGUGAGGACUAUGUGAGUAUAUCUUAUGUAAAGCCAGUGCUUCACCUGUUGAAAGUCAACAUUUUGUGCCUGAAUGAUGAAGACACUGAACUAACAAAAACAAUGAAGACAAGCAUUCUCGCAUACCUCACUGACAAAUAUCAGGACCCCACCAAUGAUGAUCUGCUGGAUAUGGCUUCGCUUGUCGAUCCCAGGGUUACAACACAAUACAUCGACAAAGACAAGAUAGAGGGAAUACAAACCAGAGCUUUGUCUGAGCUGGAGUCUUUGCUGACCAUACAGUAUCCAACAUCAGAUCAGCAGCCUACCUCUAGUACCUCAACCUCCACAUCACAGAGCCCUGAUGAGGGUCAGGCACCACCCAAGAAAGCAAAACAAUCCCUUGCCAGCUUUUUUAAAGCCUCAGGUGUUGGAAGUGCAUCUGCAGCCACAACAUCAUCUUCCUCAUCUCUAAAAGAGGCAAUAGUAGGAAAACUGAAGGGAUAAUUGUCCAAACCAAAUGCAGAAAGUGAGGUGUAGUUCAGACUUUGAAUGCCUACAGGGAUGAGUCAUUUUUUGAUGACCUAUGGAAUGAAGUGUUGAACACAGCUGAGCAACGUGAUACUGCAAUACAGCCAGUCAGAUUCAGAACGAGUAAAAUAUAUUUUUCGUACAACCCUUUUCUACCCGGUUUUAGAUCAGAUGCUUAAUGAGCUUAACAGAAGGUUUUCUAGAAAAAACUGUGAAAUAGUAACUUGUAUCCAAACUCUAAACCCUACAAGUGAUGUGUUUCUCAAACAAUAGUCCCUGUUUCCAUUUGCUAGAAUGUAUGAAUGAAAUAUUGAGGACUUGGGGUAUGAACUCCAUCAGUUCAGAAGAAUUUUAGAAAGGAAAAUACAGAGUGGCAUGCAGAAGCCUUCCAGUGUAGUAGAGCUGCAAUUAUUCAUUGAACCAUAUAAAGAAGUUUUCUUUGAGCUCUUUAAACUAUGCAAAAUAGCUGUUUCAAUCCCUGUUAGUACUGCAUCUUGUGAACAGAGUUUUUCUGUACUAAAGCUGGUGAAAACCUA